CAUAAUGUGGGAACCCUACAUGCCAGUUGAGCCCGGCUUGGGCAGGGAGGAGAAUUUCCUUUCCAUAGAAGAUUUGUUAAUGUCACAGGAAAAAUUACCUUGCCGUGUAGAGAGCGGCUUCCCUCGGCUCGGCUUCCUAGAGAAAGGUGGUGACAGCGACAGCAUCCCUGAGGGUAGCAAAAUGGAACUUCCAUUAUGGCUGGCGAAAGGUCUUUAUGACAACAAACGGCGUGUACUUUCGGUAGAGCUACCAAAGAUUUACCGAGAAGGCUGGCGAACUGUUUUCAGUGCUGAUGCCAAUGUCGUGGACCUGCACAAGAUGGGACCUCAUUAUUAUGGCUUUGGCUCCCAACUUCUCAACUUUGACAGUCCAGAAAACCCAGAAAUUGCAAAGACAAUAUUGCAGACAUUUGUUGGACGUUUCCGUCGCAUUAUGGACUCCUCUCAAAAUGCUUAUAAUGAAGAUACCUCAGGGCUAGUGGCACGACUAGAUGAACUGGAACGCAGCCUGUUCAAGGCUGGCCAAAGAGGACUGAAUGCAUUUCAGAGCUGGGAAAGAGGAAAGGCUGCCCAGAUUACUGCCUCCAGCUUGGUGCAGAACUAUAAGAAGAGAAAAUUUAAUGAGGCUGAUGUUUGAACAUCAUCAUUUAAGUACAUUUUCUUGUAUUCUAAACCUUUGGUGAUCAAUCAGGAUUUUUUUUUACUUCCAGAAUCAAAAGUGGAAACUUACAGCUGGUAUGAAUGGAAAUCUGCUGCAAUACUUGGCAGAUGUUAAGGUUUGGACUGAUACCUUUUGUACUGACUUCAGCUACGCUGUUUAACCCGCAGGGUUGCAUGUUUUGUGCAGUAGCGGGAGUAUGUUACUCUUCAUGUGGAGUCUUCAGUAAACACCAUGUGGUGCACAAUCUGUCCUUUUCCACUACUACUAAAACUAAAAUAUUCCAGUUUUUAAAUGUUUGUUUGGUUUAUAAGUCUCCAGCUGCAGUAUAUCUAUAGUAAAGACUCGCCUUGUCUCUUGAAUUGUAAAGAAUAAAUAUUAUGCAGAUAUAUGUACUUAGGGAUAUUUUCAUACAGUAACUUUUUGAGAUGUUCUAUAAAUACAUUUUUUUAAUGUUAUAAAAAAA